UCUCAUUGGUCACAUCAGGAGCCACCACGCUGAGGAUCGUUUAUGUCCCAGUUACUACGCCGUGUUCACAGAUUUUCACGUCACCUGUGUGAGUGGACUCAGAGAAGCACCAUGGCACCUGGAAAGAAGAACAGAGUAUUUGUCAUAGGAGUUGGCAUGACUAAGUUUGACAAGCCUGGAGCUCAGGAAGGUGACUAUCCUGAUAUGGCCAAGGAAGCAGGUGAAAGGGCUCUAGCAGAUGCAGGAAUCCCAUAUUCUGCCAUUGAACAAGCUUGCGUAGGAUACGUCUAUGGUGACUCCACAUGCGGACAAAGGGCCAUUUACCACAGCCUGGGUCUGACCGGCAUCCCCAUUAUCAACGUCAACAACAACUGCUCCACAGGUUCCACUGCUCUCUUCAUGGCACGCCAGCUGGUCCAGGGAGGUCUUUCUGAUUGUGUGCUUGCUCUUGGGUUUGAGAAGAUGGAGAGGGGCUCUCUGUCUGCAAAGUACAUGGAUAGGACAAAUCCCAUGGACAAGCACAUGGAGGUGAUGAUCAACCGCUAUGGGAUGGCAGCAGCGCCAGCAGCACCACAGAUGUUUGGAAAUGCCGGCAGGGAGCAUAUGGAGAGAUAUGGCACAAAGCCAGAACACUUUGCCAAGAUUGCCUGGAAAAACCACAAACAUUCCACCAAUAACCCGUACUCCCAGUUCCAGGAUGAGUACAGUCUGGAGCAGGUGAUGAAAUCCAGGAAGGUGUUUGACUUUCUGACGCUCCUGCAGUGCUGCCCUACAUCAGAUGGUGCUGGAGCAGCAGUUUUGGCCAGCGAGCCCUUUGUCAGGAAAUACCACCUGCAGAACCAGGCGGUGGAGAUCGUGGCCCAGGAGAUGGUGACCGACCUCGCGUCCACAUUUGAAGAGAACAGCUGCAUCAAAAUGGUGGGGUAUGAUAUGUCCCGGCUGGCGGCUAGGAAGUGUUUCGAGGCCGCUGGUCUGAAGCCAAGUGACGUUGAUGUGGUCGAGCUGCACGACUGCUUCUCAGCCAAUGAGCUCAUCACGUAUGAGGCCUUGGGGUUGUGUCCAGAGGGUAAAGCUGGAGAACUGAUUGACAGAGGGGACAACACAUAUGGAGGCAAGUUUGUGAUCAAUCCCAGUGGUGGCCUCAUCUCUAAAGGACAUCCUCUUGGUGCCACAGGUCUGGCCCAGUGUGCAGAGCUAUGCUGGCAGCUCCGAGGGAUGGCCGGGCGAAGGCAGGUCUCUGGGGCAAAAGUGGCCUUGCAGCACAACAUUGGCUUGGGAGGAGCAGUGGUUGUCACACUUUACAAGAUGGGUUUCCCAGAGGAGGCGAGGUCCCGCGUAGGUGCGGUUCUCACCAGCUCAGGCAGCGGUCUGGAAGGGUUUAAAGCUUAUCCUGUCUUCAAAGAGAUUGAAAAACAUCUACAGCAGGAGGGAGCACAACUUGUUAAGAAGAUUGGUGGAGUGUUUGCAUUUAAAGUGAAGGACGGCCCAGGUGGGAAAGAGGCGACCUGGAUUGUUGACGUGAAAAAUGGUAACGGUUCUGUCACAAACGACCCAGGUAAAAAGGCAGACUGCACAUUAUCCUUGAGUGACGAGGAUCUGCCGGAUCUGAUGACAGGAAAGCUGAACCCACAAACGGCGUUCUUCAAGGGAAAGCUGAAGGUCACUGGGAACAUGGGCAUGGCUAUGAAGCUGCAGAACCUGCAGAUCGCACCAGGGAAGGCCAAGCUGUGAGAGCCUUGGCUGUCUUCUUCAUGUUAAAGGCAUAAUUUGUAGGAAAAACUGAAAUCUGCCUGUUGAAUUGAACUAACUGACCGAUGAUUUGUCAAAUACUUCGACAUGCUUGGUGUUGAAAGUCUAAGUUUCAGCUUUUCCAGCUGCAGCUUUGAUAUCAGAGCACACUGGGUGGUUCUGUGAUUAUGUCGUUCUUUAAGCCUAACGUGAUGUGUGACCUAUUCACAGCCAGUUCAAAUUAUGGAAAUACUCACAUGCUGCUCCUUUAAUUUCUAUAAUAAUGUAUUCACAAUCUCAGUGUGCCCUAAUCUGUCUGUAAGAAUUGCAUUUGGGGGUUUUUGAGGAAUAAUUUUGCGCAAAAUGUACAUCUGUAAACGAAAUCCAGGUUUUUAAAAUGAAAUGAAUAAAAUCUCUAACAACUUU